GAUGAUGGCGUCUCUGGCGGCUUGAUUCCGGUGCUGCUCUGACAAACCCGCUUUAAUAGCAUCAAUAGGUGGUGGCGGAGAGGGGGCGGGGGGGGAGGGGGGGGGAGAGAGACGAAAAGCGACGGGAACAUGACGAAACGGCAUCGCGGAGGACGGACAAACUAGGCUGAGAGACGGACGGACAGUCAGUCGCCUUGCCCCCCUCCCCUCCUCCUCCUCCUCCUCCUCCUCGCUGACGGCUUGACUGACACAUACAGGCGCUUGGCACAGACAGGGACAUACAUGCACAUCAUCCACUUUUUGCAAACACGCAGGCUGCGCAUCCGAGCGGGCAGUAAUUGGGCAGCGGAGAUCCACAGCAGAUGAGGGCAUUUCAUGUCCAGCCUGCCCAGGAAUCACUGUGACCCCGACGGAAAGGAGUUCUACUUGACAGGAUGGGGGGAGUAAGUGAAGGAGAUGAUGUGUUGGCUCGAUGGAGUGAUGGACUACUGUACCUCGGAAAUGUGAAAAGAGUAGAUGGAGUCAAGCAAUGUUGUCUGGUGAGAUUUGAGGACAACUCCGAGUUCUGGGUACUGAGAAAGGACAUUCACUCAUUCUCUGCUGGAGUGGAAGAAGUUUGCUGUAUUUGUGACGCUCCGCCUCUUAAAGAACCCCUCAUAAACUGUCUUAAAUGUCGCCACGGUUAUCAUCCAGAGUGCCACACGCCAACCAUUGAACCGGAAGCUGACAGCGAUUCGUGGAUAUGUCGGCAAUGUGUCUUUGCAGUCGCAACCAAGAGAGGCGGGGCCCUCAAACGGGGACGCUUCGCCCGGCUCAUGCAGUUUAUGAAACUCCGACUCCCGUACCAGCUGUCGUCUUUAGACUGGGACCCGCAGCAUCUUACCAAUCAGCAGCAGUGUUACUGCUACUGUGCCGGACCUGGAGAGUGGAACCUAAAGAUGUUGCAGUGUGGAAGCUGUGGUCAGUGGUUCCACGAGGCCUGCACGCAGUGUCUAACCAAGCCGUUGCUGUAUGGGGACAGGUUUUAUCAGUUCCAGUGCUCUGUUUGUACAAAGGGACCAGAGACCAUCCAAAGACUACCCAUGACCUGGGUGGAUUUGGCUCACUUAGUGCUCUACCAUCUCUCGCUGUGCUGCAAGAGGAAGUACUUUGAUUUUGACCAUGAAAUCCUGUCCUUCACCAAUGAGAAUUGGGACUCGUUGCUCCUAGGCGCGCUCUCUGACACGCCAAAGCAGGACCGCUGUCACAAUCUCCUCAACGCUCUGAACUCCCACAAGGACAGGUUUGUCUCUGGAAAGGAGAUCAAGAAGAAGAAGUGUCUUUUUGGGCUUCAGGUCCGAGCCCCACCUCCGCUGACGUCCGAUUCGUCUCCCCUCAUCACCGACCCACCUAUCAACAUCACACACCGGAGAAGCCCGCUGUCACUACCCUGCCAGAGGAGAGUGGGGGGGCCAGAGUCACGUAAAUCAAAGCGUCGCAUCAUAGAGACACAGGCUUGUCCACCCCCAGUAGCUGCCAACCCCAUUGAGCUGCUGCCAUGUUGCCAUGGUUACACGGGAGGGGCCAGCCUUUACAACUCCAGGAAGUCAGAGGAGGAGCUUAACUUGAGCUCUCCUCCCAAACGGAUGUAUGCCCUGUACCACACCACGUACAAUGGAAAUACUUCACUCUCCAGGAGUCUCCAUCACUACAACAGUGUGGAGGACACCUGCAGGUUACCACCACCUUGCUUCCCGUACCCCCUCAAUUCCAAUGGCAGCCAUCACCACCACCACCUCCACCAGCACCAUCACAGUCACCAACACAGCCACCAACACAGCCACCAACACAGCCACCAACACAACCACCAACACAGCCACCAACACAACCACCAACACAACCACCAACACCAGCCGGGGCAGAAGCAGCUGGAGCCUCUCAUCCUACGUGAUCUGCCACCUUACCAGACUGGCAUGGGCGGAGGGGGUGGCAUAGGCGGAGGUGGAGGCGGAGGGGGAGGUGGAGGGGGAGGUGGAGGAGGCGGAGGCGGAGGCGGCGGCGGAGGAGUUGGAGGGGGCAGCGGGACAGUGGCCAGGAGCUGGGGUGGAGGGGAGGCCGUGAGGAUCUUGGCGAGACGCGUCACACCAGACGGGAAGGUUCAGUACCUCGUGGAGUGGGAGAACGUGAGUUUGUACUGAGACCAAGGGAGUAAACACGAGACGCAAUGACUGUUCUGCAGUUGCCACAGGAAUACUGCGUAUGUAAUAUGUGGCAGUGUUUAAAGUACAAACAAAACAAAAAGGAAAAAAAAAUCCCUACACGUUGCAAAAUCCAGGUUGCUCUCAUAGUAUCACCUCUAUUCUACAUCAUUAUAACCUCACUACUCGUUACUAAAUGUCCCUCUUUGCUAGUGUUUCUCUGAUAUUUGUACUGUUAACUUUGGAAUAUGCCUUUGCAUUUAUCAUGUUUUACAGUGAUGAGAAAGUAUUUAAACCUCCUGACGAUCUGUCGGUGCGUGAGCCACAUCAAAAACAUUUCUUUAACUCUCUCUUUUAAGUUACCAGAAAUAAAAUGGCAAACUUCCACUGCUGGUCAUGCAGACAGCGUGCUGUGAAUUUAUAGGAAUAAUUUGAUAUUUUGUGAAAUGUUCUUAUUUGCUUUGUAAUUAGGAUAAGAUACCACUCUUAUGUAUGUACAGUAAAUAUAAAGAUAGGGCCAAGAGACAGCUUGGCAUAAAGACUGAAUGCAGGGGAAACAACUAGCCUGGUUCUGUGCAAAGGUUAAAAGAAAAAAGAAUCCACUUACCACUGCCUCUGAAGUGUUGUUUGUUUAAUUUGUACAAAAACCAAAGUAAAAAUGACAAGUUGUGGUUUUAUAAGUUCUGUGCUGGUAAAGUAAGUAAGUCACUGUGGCUGACCUCCGAUUCAGUGCACAGACAUGAGAAAGCAAAUAAGCGUAUUUACCAAAAUGUGGAACAGGUCCUUUAAGAAGAAACACAAAAUAGAGUUUUAAAAACAGGACAAAAGCAUUUUAAAAAUGAGUUCAUUUAAAAUUCAUAGUGAUUUGUUGUAGAAAAUGCAUUAGAAUUUUGAAUAGUGUGACACAACAUGCAUUCAUUUGAUCUGUAAGCUUGGUGUAUGACAAAGUUUCCUUUUCCAACCAAAGUUAGUCCAAUAUUAGUCCAGACAUCUAGACAUCUAAAUGACCUGAGUCAAAUCCCCAGAUUAAUGCAUAGUGGGUAAUUUAAAUAAAGAGAUUCUUUUUAAAGGAAACUGAAUAAUUUAUAUUUAAAAACAAAAUUUGACAUUGAGCAAGCUGAACAACCAGAGGCCCGCACCAUACCUCCACCAGCCUUCACUUUGGUAACUGUUCAUUCAUCAGCUGAUGGUUAGUGUUCACGUGGAGUUAAGUGAGAAAAUUAGCCCAGAAAAUUAGCAGUGAUGAAUGGUCCGUCCUCAGCGAGAGGCACGAUGGCAGCUGGGUGGCGGCUACUGGCUGCUCAUGAAAAAGCAGCAGCCUUCUAUUGGCCAGGAAGAGACAGAGCAGUGCUGCCAGUCUUAUAUUUUUGGCCACAUAGAUGGAAGUUUAUACCAUAUCGCUUAAGGACACUCAGUGAGUGGCGGUGGUUUAUGGGUUUCACCUAGAUUCUCCCGGCCCUUUCAUCUACUUAGAUGCCAGCUUAUCUUACUUUGGCUCCAUAAACAACAAAUUCUCUGGAGGUUUUCAUAUUUUUUUUUCUCAUCGCAGUAUGUUAAUAAAGGAUUGUAUACAUGUUAUUACAGGUUACUUAUUUGUUAUGUUAGACUUUGUCAUACAUAAUUUACAUUUAGACUAUUAUAUGUAUUAGAAAUAGAAGCCACAAGAGGGCUUUUGUUUUAUAGAUAGAAUUAUAUAUUCACAAUAUAUUGCUAUGAUGGAACAACUUUAUUUUAUUUUUUUGACGUGGUUGCAUAGUGCCUAUAUGGGUUGUGUACCUGCCGAUUGGUCAGUCAGACGUCAGCUGAAAGAGGCCGUAUUGCUACUAAACAAGAGGACUGCUGUUUAUCAGUUACAACCACAUGGGUAAAUAACGACCAGUUAUGAUGUUGAAUAGUUUUUAAUCAGAACAGGACUGUGAUCUAACUGUACAUUCCAAACUAACAACAAAAAAAACUAAUAUAUAUAUGUUACUGAAACGUCUGUUUGAAAUCAUCAGAAUGGAAAUUAUUUUGGAAGAGUGCGUGUUGUUUUCUUUUUUUUUUUGAUGAGUGUUAAAUGUCAGAAAGAUCAGCUAAAGGUCCAGCCACUCUGCUGCUGUUGUUCAGUUUCUCGUCGCAGGGAGUUCAACCCUUGCGUUCAAAGUGACAGUACAGCUGAAGAAGACCCUGAUAGGCCCAACUCCUCAACUCAAACCCAUAAUAUCUUCCGGAGUCUAACAGUAUAAUUUGAAAGGUACAACAUAGCAACAUGGUAAAGGCCUGACUGAUCACAUCCCUUCUUCUCAGAUGUGUUUUUAGAGGCAAACGGGGCCCUGAAGUUGGAUUUUAUCUUUGUGCAAACUGCUUAAAUAAAUCUAGAAUACUGUGGUGCAA